GAACACAGCGAGCGACAUGGGCAGCAGAGCUGUGUGCAGGCUCUUGCUGGGGGCGGCCGUGGUCCUCCUGGUGCUGCUGCAGGGCUCACAGUCAGUCCGCAUCCAGUACCAAGGCUUCAAGGUGCAGCUGGAAUCUGUGAAGAAGCUGAGUGAGCUGGAGCAGCAGUGGACGCCCAGCCCCCGCCUGCAGACCCAGACCCUCCUGCCUGCCGUGUGCCACGAGCCGGCCCUGCCCUCGGACCUCGAGCCUGUCUGCACCUCCCAGGAUGCUGCCAGCAUUUUCACGGCCUUAAAAAGCAUCGCUAAUGACGAGUGUGAGCUGUGCGUGAACAUUGCCUGUACCGGCUGCUUCUGAGAUGGUCCUCAGCGCCCCGAGCCCACCCUGGACACCUUGCCCCCUCAGCGCACUGCCUCGGCAGCCUCCCACCCCACCCCCGCUCAGGCAGGGCCCCCCGCCACCGGGCUCAUCACCACCCUGCCUGGGCCUGGGCAGCU